UUUUUUACUAUUUCAUUUUUUGUAUAAAGUCAGGUGUCAUCGAGUGUUAGUCCUGUUUUCCUUGCCGAUGCCUAGUCAUAAUAUUUUGGGGACGGCUUUGGCAAAAGGACUUGUUGAAUAUGGGUUCGAUGUCACCUAUGUGGGGAUUUUUGAAGAUACAAUUCCUUCGACGGGCUACAGAAAAAUUUUGCUUACUGGAAUAGCGGACGAGUAUCAGCGGAUACUGGCAGGUAAAUUUAAUAUGGUGGAUAUGGAACAAAAGUCUCCGUUCCAGCAUAUACCCCUGAUGAAUGAAGUGGGGAAUGCGUUAACGGAAAGUGUCUUAAAACAUCCAAACAUGCAAAAUAUUCUUCACUCGAAUGAACAUUUCGAGGCCGUCAUCAUUUCUCAGGGUCUAAAUGAUGGAUUAAAAAUACUCGCUACCCAUUUCGAAGCUCCGCUAGUAAUUUUCAGCAGUUUGGGUCCGAAUCCUUGGAUCAACAAUGUCGUGGGCAAUCCUGAACCUCCCAGUUACGUUCCAAAUGUAUAUUUAAGAUACUCCCCAGAAAUGAAUUUCUUCCAGCGAUUUUACAAUUUUGUUUUUGGUAUCUACAGAAAAUAUGAUCUAGAUUAUGUAUUUUACCCUCAACAGGGUAGAAUCGUUAAGAAAUAUUUCCCGGAAGCGCCAGAUUUCGACGAAGUACUGUACAACGUGUCACUAGUUCUUUUGAAUUCGCACGAAAGCGUUACGCAGUCAGUGCCUCUAGUGCCAAAUAUGAUCAAUAUUGGAGGAUAUCACCUACGUCCUCCAAAUAGUCUUCCUGAAGGUUUAAAAGAAUUUAUGGACAAUGCCACAGAAGGAGUGAUAUAUUUUAGUUUGGGAUCCUAUGUAGAUCCUUCAUUCAUACCAGAUUCAACAUGGGGAACAAUUUUAGGAGUUCUGAGUUCGCGAAAGGAAAAAGUACUUUUAAAAUGGCCUUACGAUUUCUUAGCAGAUCAGCCACACAACGUCAAUAUUUCAAAGUGGUUCCCUCAGCAAGAUAUAUUGGCUCAUCCGAAUUUAAAACUCUUUAUAACGCAUUGUGGACUUCUAAGUCUUACCGAGGCUGUUUAUCAUAGUGUGCCCAUUCUUGCCAUACCGGCAAUAGCAGAUCAAAAGUUAAAUGCAGCUCACGCGGAAUUUUUCGGUUUCGGAAGAAAAAUAUUUUUAUCGGAAAUGACCGAAGAAAACUUUCAAAACGCACUGAAUGAUGUUCUUCAUAAUCCCAAAUACAGAGAUAACAUAAAAUAUCGAUCAAGUGUUCUUCACGAUCGUCCAGUGACCCCCAUUCAAUUGGCAGCUUACUGGGUGGGGUAUGUGAUUAAGCAUAAGGGUGCGCCACAUCUUCGAGUUGCUGGUGCCCGGAUGCCUUUCUACAAAUACCUCAUGUUAGAUGUUAUUGCAGCCAUAGUUUCCGCCGUAUUUAUCGCAUUAUUUUUAAUCAGAACAAUAUUUGGAAGAAUAAUGAAGCCCAACGCUAAAUAUAAAGUGAACUAGCUGUGAUACUGAAA